CGCUGGUUGUAGUGUCAUCAUCACCAUCCCAGAAGUUGUCCAGUCUGUGGUACCCCGAGCUGCUGCUGUAUCAACGUGUGGCCAUUGUCAAGAGCAAGGACACCCCGGUAGACUCCGAAUCUCACAGCCGAACCGAGCCUCCACCGGACUCAGCCGAACCCCCGAACACGACCCCGUGUGGUGGCAGCGUGACCUGUAGAAAGCACAGUCACAGGAGCUGGAUUCAUGCAGUCCCCCUGCUGAAGUUUUCUUAGGUGCAGAGUCCUGAUCCCAGUGCACUUGUUGCAGCCUUGUCUUCUCCUCUGAACCCAGCUGUUCUCCACUCUUGUUCUUGCUCUUGAGCAAACAUGCCUCCAGCAACAGGUGGGCCUGUGGGGUACACCCCUCCUGAAGGUGGUUGGGGCUGGGCGGUGGUGGUGGGGGCCUUCAUCUCCAUCGGCUUCUCCUACGCCUUCCCCAAGUCCAUCACUGUGUUCUUCAAAGAGAUAGAGUCCAUCUUCGAGGCCACACCCAGUCAGGUUUCCUGGAUUUCAUCCAUCAUGCUGGCGGUCAUGUACGCUGGAGGUCCAAUCAGCAGUAUCCUUGUGAACAAAUUUGGCAGUCGACCAAUCAUCUUAGUUGGUGGCUGUCUGGCAGGGUCGGGACUCGUCGCGGCCUCCUUCUGCAACACUGUGGAGCAGCUGUACUUCUUCAUAGGAGUUAUUGGAGGUUUGGGACUGGCUUUCAACUUGAAUCCAGCCCUCACUAUGAUCGGUAAAUACUUCUACAAGCGCCGCCCCAUCGCCAACGGCAUAGCGAUGGCAGGAAGCCCCGUGUUUCUGUCCACCCUGGCUCCUCUCAACUCCUGGCUGUACGAUCAGUUUGGGUGGAGAGGCAGCUUCCUCAUCCUGGGAGGACUUCUGCUCAACUGCUGCGUGGCCGGCUCCCUCAUGCGCCCCAUCGGACCCAAACCCCAGCCGCCCAAAGCCGACACUGAGGCUGGCGAAAGCAAAGCAGUGGAUUCAGUACAGCAACAGCCUAAGAAGACGGUCCUGCAGACCAUCAACUCUUUCAUCGACCUGACGCUGUUCAAACACCGCGGCUUCCUGCUCUACUUGAUGGGCAACGUCGUCAUGUUUUUCGGCCUCUUUGCUCCACUCGUCUUCCUCUCUAAUUAUGCCAAGAGCAAGGACAUAAGCAAAGAAAAGGCGGCUUUCCUGCUGUCUGUGCUGGCAUUCGUGGAUAUGUUUGCCCGGCCCUCCAUGGGCAUGCUGGCCAACACCAAGUGGGUCCGGCCCAGGGUGCAGUACUUCUUCGCCGCUGCAGUCCUCUACAACGGAGUGUGUCACGUGCUGGCGCCACUGUCGGUCGACUACACUGGAUUUGUGGUGUAUGCCAUCUUCUUUGGUUUCGCUUUUGGCUGGCUGAGUUCAGUGCUGUUUGAAACACUGAUGGACCUGGUAGGAGCUCAGAGGUUCUCCUCAGCCGUGGGUCUGGUCACUAUAGUGGAGUGUGGGCCGGUGCUGCUGGGCCCGCCGCUUACAGGUAGUUUCUAUAACACAUACCACCACUACGACUACACCUACAUCUCCUCUGGCAUCAUCCUCAUAGUUUCAAGUUUGAUCCUCUUCAUCGGAAUGAGCAUCAACUACCGCCUGUUGGCGCGAGAAAAGAAAGAGGCGGAGAGAAAAGAGAAGGAGGAGCCCAAGGAGGAGCGCACCGCCAUGUUGGCACCUCCGUCUCCGUCCAAAUCAGAAGACGAGGUGGAGGAGAACAACGUACCGGCUGCUGUCACGCUGGAUGAAGUCGCCAAGAUGGACGAGGACACAGUGUAGAAAAUGUUAAAAAAAAAAAAAAAAGGACUCGAGAGGGACGCACACAUUUCACAGAAACACACACAAGAGUUGCAGCAGCCACACGCCGUCUUUAGAUAAAACCCUUGUACACAACUACCCUGAAGCCAUAGCAACUAAAUUAUCAUGAAAACUGAAACCUGCUGCUGUGACGUGAAGCUUGGGCGCCCACGAAGCCCGUCAAGCAGCUUUUCACCGAGUUGAGACCUCUGAUUUUUGGUAUUUGACGUGCCUUUGGUGAAUUCAAGUCCUCCAGGAGCGCACAAACACCACCUAUAUAUUGUAUAAACACCAGAUAGACGCACAACAGACAGAAUGACUGUACGACAAGAAUCCAGUAGCUAAUGAGGACUUUACUCUCAGGGUCUUGAGCUGCCGUAAAGUUUCAGAACCUCAGACACACAAACACAUUCACACUUGACUCUGCUUUGGUCAAACUGAGGCUCAGAGUACGUACAGUGUAUUUUUUGUUACAGUAAUCAUAAAAGUAUUGUACAUUUUCCUUCACAUCAUGCAUACCUGCACUUAGAGCUCUGAUUCUCUGCCUGAGCCCGUUUGGGCCCGACCCCACACGCCAGUAUCGAGCCAGGCUGGGCUGCAAUGUCUUCUUACUCCCCUGGGCUUGAUGCGGUUCAGGUUGUCGACAUUUUUUUUAUUUUUUAAUUUUUUUAUUUUUUAAUGAAACUGGCAGUUCUUGUGUGUAAGCAGGGGUUUUAUUCACUGAACCAGAGAGAAAGAGGGGGGAACUGCGACUGAGAAAGGGACAGAUCAUUAAAUUACGAAAGAGAAGAAGAAGUGGUUAGGGGAAACAUGUCAGCCCUCAGCUUGUAAUACAUGUUUUAAUACUAAAAAAAUGUAUUAUAUCAAACAUAUUUUUUUCCAGUAAAAAUUCUGGUUUUGUAAUCAGGCUCGGGCCUAAACUGCUGCGGUGGGUCAGGCUCAGGUCGCGCUUGAAGAGCAGCCGCGGGUUCAUGUCGGGUUGGACCUGAUGUUUUUUGGGGCCCGAUCAGAGCUCUGCUUGCAUCACUUCACUCCUCAAGGGCUGGACAUGAAGUAAAAGGACACAUUCAUAUUACUGUAGAUACAGUAAAUCUAUUUGUUCAGGUUGUGACAUUUCCAGGUUUUAUGUAGAUAUAUGCACAAAAAAAAUUAAGAACAAUUUGGGAAAAAGAAAUCUGGAAGUUUCACCACCACAGGGAGAAGUGUGUAUAUCGGCAGUAGAACAUUUUAGUCCUUAGUCGAGGACACGAGGCACAAUAAUCGGUUAAAUACAAAGAUAUAGGAAAGAAAGGAAAACUAAUGUAGGGAUCUUUUCAGAGGUCUAGAGGGUCACAAUGCUCUUGCAGUGUAGGAGGCACUGUUAACCAUGUGCUUGUACAUAAAUAUGUGUGUGCACUUUGUGUGUGUAAUUUUGUGUCAUACACCCUCCAACCAGAGCAGCUCAUUAUGCAUCAUUGUAUUGAUAAAGACACACAAGCUCACACAAUUACGCCCCACAGAUUUUACCUGCUGUGUGAUCAGCACUCACAGUAUUAAAUGACACCACAUGCUGUUUUUUUAAAGGAAGGGGGGCGGGGGGAUAAGAGGCUGUGAUUGGACCAGAUUGAUGGGUUCACUGGGCGCAUAUGUGGAGGUUUGACCUGCCCGGCUGUGGUGCCAAAAUACGAGAAGAAAUUCACUCUGGAAUCUCACACAGUCCUGAUUUUUCAUCAUCGUAGAUUAUAGUUAUAUUUAGUACCCGAUAGUGUUGUUUUUUAAAUUGUGAAUAACAGAUUGUAGUUUACUGUUGUAUCAACAAACCUUUGUGAUUUUAAAAAAAGGAUCUAUUUUAGCUCACUGUUUAAAUACAAUCUGUCAGCAAGUACUCUUUUUAAUGGAUUUUCAUGAAUUUGGAUGAGAGGGAAAGUUUGUGUGAGAGAGAAAUGUGUGUUUGUCCGCAGUAAGUGUAGACAGGUUUCAUAAUUUAAGUUGUUUUGAGAUUCAGCCGCUGCAGUUUCAAACACGUCUCACAGUUUGUCUCUGAGCUGUACAGAAUGUGUCAUAUCAGAUUCACGACGUUUGAUUUAUUUUUUAAAUCGACAUCACAGAUACUCAGUGAUUAAUUAUGUGUUGACUGUUGACUGAGUUUACUGCCAACAUUUGUCAGAGAAGUUUUUGUGUCCAGAUCAAAGGGAACAGAAGACUCUUCAGCCUGAGUAAGCUUUCCUUAUUUUCUCUUUUGGGAAAAUAAAUGGAGGUUUUAAACGAUGCGCUAUUUGGUUUAAAUGUUUUAACUUUGUUUUAUUAUAAGUAUUGUGUAGUGGAAAAUGUUUGAGGCAUGUUUUUGCAACAAGGAAAUUCAGUAAUGGAAGCACAUUUAAAGGAAGGUUCACAUUGUAACCCUUUUUUUUUAUUUUUUACUGCAAACCUUUUCAUUUAAAUAUUUAGACUGUAACAAGAUCUUAAAGUGGUAAUAAUGUCUCGCCAUAGUUUUAUUUUAUUUUUUUUUUAACUACAGUGGAAACAGCUUAUAGUAAUCAAUAAUCUUGGGACGGAAUCAUUCCUAUAGAAAUGCUCAUAGUAAUCACUAAGAACGCUGACAGUGUUUUUGUCGUCUUGACAAUUUUUGUCGUCUUUUCUUACAUGACCACAUUUGGGGAAAAAAUGUAAAACAUUUUUUUUUACUUAACUCCUGUUUAGCCCUGCUGUAACCUUUGGCCGUACAAAAUAAUAGACAUAGUCACUGUGACAUCACCCACUGGUUUGAAGCCUCGAGUUUUAUUUUGGCCGUCGCCAUCUUGUUUUUUUGGAGCCAGAAGUGACCAUAUUUGGACAAAUGGCUGGAUCUGACUCAUAGAUUGUGGCCACGCCUUGCAGACAGCCUGUCACUCAGGCAGCCCCGCCCUACAUAUGCAUAAAUUUAAACCUUAAUGAAAUGUAAGUGGGUGAGUUGUUAAAAAAAUUCACCCCCCUUACAGUUGUCAUUAACGAGGAAAUUACUUAUGGAUUAUGUACCAGGCUGUUUAUUUCUGUAAUAAAGUUGGGCAUUUUAACACAGGAGUCUGUGGGGACUGACUCUGUUUUGGUAGUCUCGCCACCAGACAAUCAGAGAUCGCCUUCUGAUAGUCUGGGGACACUCCUUUCUAAACACACCGGAGAAAAUGGCCGGCAACAAAGCAACGCCUCUUGCAUUUUUGAAAAGGACACGCCCUCCCGGAAAUGUGUGCUCCCCCUUUUCUCGUCCACAAGGACACAAACACACAGAGAGCUUGAAAAUGGAUGCUGAGAGAUUAAACUCCGUUUUAUCAAACGUGUGCUCAGUCCACAAGAUUGUGGAAAUGAAGGACUUACAGCGACUUUGUUUAAAACUUUUAACGCAGUCUGACUAUGUUUAUGAGCACAAGAGUUCAGCGAGCCACCGAAGGACCGCCCUGCGGAUUUACUAUUGGUUCUGCAACGUAGGGAGUUUUUUUUUUAAAACUCUGAAAUUGUAUCCGCCCAUCUAAACACAAAAUCAGGGAGAAAGACAUCAGUCUUUAGUUAAGCAAAGCGUCUUAAGACUGACUUGUGAGUCAACUGUUUUGGAGCCAUCCUCAAGUGGUCAUUCAGUAAACUGCACUUUUUGGCACUUCUGCAUUGGCUUCACUUUGCAGCCCUGGAGGUCGCCACUUGGCGAUAAACCCAUCUGCUUCCAGCUCGCUACCUGAGCUGGUGCUGCACACACAUUGAAAUCAUGACAGGAAAAAUAAAUUAUCUCUCAAUGAAAAACAAAGUGUCCUCAAAGCUCGUGACAAACUGCCAAAAUAGAGCAAAUGAGAUGCACAAGUGAAUCGAAGUGUUCCUCUACCUUGUGUAGUCGAAUGCACACAGGGAAAGCACCCCUGGUAAAGGCCGCCUUUGUCAAGUGGAGCGAUAGUGCUCAGUCACAAAAUGAAACCGCAGCACUGUACAGUCCCUCCAGGAUCUCGCGGCAAAAAAAACUUGAAUUUGCGGCCAAUUUUGUCAAAAAUUUCGAUUAAAAAUUGCGGAAAAUUACAAAAAUUGCAGCUAAUGACAAAAUGAGAAAAGAGUUGCAAAAAAUCCUGAGUGAAUAUUGUAGCUCUCAAACCAGACAGUGUGACUAUAAAACAACAUGUAAGCUACAUCUUCUGUAAACAUAACAUUUUAAUAAAUUCAGCACAUAUUGUCUGCAUUUACACAGUGCAAAUUCUUAUGUCAAUACAGAGUGUUUCUCCAUACUACAAUGCCAUUAGCGCAUUUGAUGACGCGUCUGAUGACGUUUCAAAUUACGUUGCAUGCGUGUCGACUUCUGGUCAGCUGGAAAAACGCGGAAUAAUCGUGGGACUUUUGAAAAAUUGCAAGCCCCCACAAAUAUUGCGGACUUUAGUUGAAUUUGCGUUAAUUAUUGCGAUCGCGAUGUUUUGGAGGGACUGACUGUAUUUCUAAAACACUUGAAAAUUGUAGGAAAUAGCGAAGCUGUCUGUUUCAUUAUUUUACACGUAAUAAAUAUACAAAUAUCAAUUAGAUGUAAAUGUGCAUGAGAAAUAAAAAGAGAAAGGAAAGAAAUCAGUAAUAUUAAUCUGCUUGUAGUUAUAUAUGUGAACUGUCAGAAGUGAUCAUUGUAAGCAUUUUCCACUGUACUGUGAAGGAUGGUAAUAUUCUAUAAUUUUCUUGUGUCAGCAAAUCCCACUAAAAGACCCAAAUCAAUAAUUAAUUUAUCUGACUGACAUGUAUUGGAUGUGUCUCAAAAGCCUGAUAUGUUUUAUGACACAUAGACUAGUCCCCAACAACGACACUGUUUCCUCCUGUUUGAUUAAAAACUUCAGUGCCCAGCUAUUUGACGAAAUUACAGUGUGUGUUUAGGCUUCGUUUUUUUUUAAUGAAGGUAUAUAUUUAUUUUUGAAAAAAAUUACAGUGGGGUUUAGGCUGAGAGCCACAGAGAGGGAAAUAAAACAUAUUAUUGGUUUUGGUCCUUUUGUGGGAUUUGCUGACGAUAAUAGAAAUACAGAAUAUGACCAUUUUCAUCCUUUUAUAUUCUGAAGAAAAUAGGACAUGUUUAGAUGAAAGCUGUAACUGUCAUAUUUCUGUAAUGGAGCACUACUUUUUUUUAAAUUCCCUGGUGUGCGGUCAUGCAGUCCAAGAUUUCCCUCUUAACAAAAAAAAAAAAGUCUCACAUUUUCUGUUUAUGUGGGAAUGUAACUGAACGUGUUGAGUGUUUACACUGUAUGCUUCCUGUUUUGUUUGAAACAUUUGGGGUAAUUUUACUGACCAAAUUUAAGGAUUAGUUUUCAAACCAGUUAAUUUCAAAGUCUACGUUUUGUGUAAAAGUAAAUUUGAUUUUGACAGAUGUCUGUUGGUACAAAUGGGAGACUCAUUUCUCUCUUGUUCUGCCUGAGGUCCAUGUCGGUGGAGAGGUUUAUAUUUGAGGGAAGGAGUAGAGAUAUUAGCUGCAGACAGGCCUAAAACCUUCAGUUAUUUUGCCUUUGAUACAGUUAUUUGGAAAGGAAAGGUGACACUUUGGAAGACUGCAACUAAACCAUUUCAUUGAAACGUGAAUGUUCGUGUUUUCCAAUGCAGGGGUUUUUAAAACGGUACCGUAUAUCCACAGCACAUUUUGUGUUUAAAAAAAAGAAAAAGAACAAAUCAUUGCAUACGUUUCUGAAACUGUGCUUGUUUUAGUCAUGGCAGAUGUUUUAUGUGUAUGUAUGAAGUGUUUUUAUGACUGUUGAGAGAAUGAAUAAACUGUUUUUCAAACAAA